AAACAAAACAAAACAAACCCAACGGUUCUUUCCUCCUACGUCGUCCACUUUUAACCUUGGUCGAGAGCAUAACUCGCUAUAAAGCUUUUGUUUCUGCCACGUGUCUCUCUCUAGAGAAUCUACCAAUUCAUCAUCAUCAUCAUGUAAUCAUGUAACAAAAAAAUGAAUUAAUGUCAAUUUUCUGUAAUUCAUCAAUAUGAAUCACAUUAAUCAAUUUUCACUUCAAUUUCUAAAUUAUAGAAACCUAUAACAAAAAGAAACAAAAACAAAAGGUGCUUAGUUUUCAUGGCAAAUGUGGAUGAUGCUCACCAGCCAGAUAAUAGUUUAUGGAAUGUUAUGACAAGUUUUGAUAAUAACUCAAAGAACGGUACUACGGAUGAAGCUUUUAAUAAUAAACAUAGGACUCUAGGAUCUCUCUUGGCUAGUUCUUCUUCUGCUCAAGACUUGAGAAAUAUGGACCUUGAGAAAGAGAGAGAUGACGAGGCGUCUCCAAGAGGAGUCUUAGAGGCAUGUGUUAGAGGCUUUGAUGCUCAGCAAUCACCAGAACCGGAAACCAGUUGUUCAAAUUCAAGGGCACGGUCGCAUUGGGGAAGAUUUUUCAAAUUGUGGAAGAGAAAAUCAGUUAAACGCUUAGCUUCUAUCUCUCCUCUUGGUGUGCCAAAGAUGCCAAAGUGGAGAAGCAAAAGCACUAGAGAAAAUAUUGUUAUAAGUAGUAAUCUACAAAAUUUUAGGUCUUCAUUGGUGACUUUCAGCCUCUCUGACCUGAGAAAUGCAACUAACAAUUUCAGCCAAGAAAAUCUUAUUGGAAGAGGUGGUUUUGCUGAGGUUUACAAGGGUUCUCUUCAAGAUGGACAACUAGUAGCUGUGAAGAAAAUGACUACAGGGAGCACAGAUGAGAAAACAUCUGGAUUUCUAUCUGAGUUAGGCAUUAUUGCUCAUGUUGAUCAUCCUAAUACUGCAAAGCUUGUUGGAUGUUGUGUAGAGGGAGAAAUGCACCUUGUCUUUGAACUCUCUACACUUGGAAGUUUAGGAUCUGUUCUUCAUGGUUCAGAUAAAACGAAAAUGGAUUGGAGUAAAAGGUAUAAAAUUGCUCUUGGAAUAGCGGAUGGUCUUCUCUAUCUUCACGAGAAUUGUGAAAGGCGAAUAAUUCAUAGAGAUAUAAAGGCAGAGAAUAUUCUGCUCACAGAGAAUUUUGAUCCACAGAUUUGUGAUUUUGGGCUUGCAAAGUGGUUACCAGAACAACUGAGUCACCAUAAUGUGUCCACAUUUGAAGGCACAUUUGGGUAUUUUGCUCCUGAAUAUUGCAUGCAUGGCAUAGUGGAUGAGAAAACUGAUGUUUAUUCGUUUGGUGUUCUACUUUUGGAGAUCAUAACCGGGCGCAAGGCUGUGGAUGAUAAUCAGAGGAGUGUUGUGACAUGGGCAAAACCUUUGCUUGAUGCUAAUAAUAUCAAGGACGUUGUUGAUCCAUCUCUUGGAGAUAACUUCGACAAAGGACAAAUGGGAUGUCUUGGUUUGACUGCAUCAAUGUGUGUCGAGCAGUCUCCUAUCUUACGCCCUCGCAUGAAUCAGGUUGUAACAUUGCUAAGAGGGCAAGAUGCUGUCCUAGCUGCAAAAGCAUGCAGCAGGAGGCCUCUCCAAAGAACAUAUUCAGAAGAGUUACUUGAUGCACAAGAAUACAACCACACAAAAUAUUUAAGAGAACUCAAUCGACAUAAGCAAGUUGCCUUGGAUCUUGAAUGCAUGUAAAUGAACUAUGUACAUUCACUAUUACCUCAAUUAUACCAAAAAUUUACAUGGACCAUACCAAAAGUUACAUGGACCAACUUGUAUAUAUAGUUGUGUUGGCAACUUAGUUUUAUAUAGUUUCCAUCUGUAAUAUUCAUCAGACUGCUAGAACUGAUCAUAUAGUUCUUAAUCGGGUACCUUUAAUUACCCAAAUGUAUUUGUAAAUUGUAAUGAUAUUGUGGAUGAGUACAACUAUAUAGUGACUGAAUUUUAAUUUUCUCAACAAAAAAAUUGACAUUUUUUUUAUCAAA